ACGAUGUGAACGCUCGCUCGAAAAAAUCUCGCCUGCUCUGCAGGCUAAAUUUAAAAAUACACUCAAGAUUGGGACCUCAACAUUGAAGAAACAAGAAUGUAUCACGUACUACAGGAAAUCUUUAAAGCUUUAUCUUUUUUAAUCUAACACAGUUAUUUCUCUUGUAUACAAACAAGAGCAAGCACGAUUCCUAUUGAACAAUGCUCACCUUGACAAACAAAUACAUAGGUUCACCCGAAAACAACGUUGGGCAUGGUCCCCCCGGUCUAAAACACAGGUCAUGGGUCAUUGUUUUAUUAAUACUGGAACAACCUUAACCUCUUCCUAAUGCUAACCUUAGGCCUUAAGUACAACACUAAGACAAUGUUUAGGCUUAAGGCUAGUAUUAGUAAAGGUUUAAGGUUGUUCCAGUAUUGGUAAAACAAUGACCGGUGACCUGUACCCGCCAGGCAUGGUCCAGUUUUCAUUUUAUCAAAUAGAAAUACAAAAAGUAGAACAGUGAUGGUUAUAAUACGACCCAUAACGUUAAAAAAAGCCAAAGACACAAUUACGAGCGUCCCCUAUACUUUUUUCGUGACGCGUGAAUGGGCAUUUUUGCUUUGCGUGGAGCGUGAAUGAGGAUUUAUUUUUCCAUGAAUCGUAAGUCCUUGGGAAACUAGUUUUCGAUUUUUUCGUGAUCAGUUAAAUUAAUAUGCAUUUACUUUCGCGUGAUUUGUGAACCAAUGACCUUUGCGGGGAUAAUUUUUCACUUUUCUUUGGAGAUUUUAGCGUCAUAAAGCUCGUAAAACCAAACUAGAUGCAAAACCGGCCUAUUCGACGCGCUUGCGGUUGGAGGACUGAGAACUAACAACAGCGGCAGUGAACCAGGAGGGCGUAGAAUCUAGUCUGUCUCGAGGUUAUUACAGACGAAUUUCAGACGCCAUUUCGAUGCAUCAACAUUGAGGGUUCUGCGGAAAAGGUUGUCAGUCAAGAACACCAACAUCAGAACAGAGCCAAAGCAUAUUGUCUUCCUCACUCAGCUGCUUCUUCUAUUCAAUUUGUGCCGCACCUGCAAGGCAGAUAAUCCUACUGUAGAGGCCAGUGGAAAUGGGACACAGGCGAUUGUGAGAACAUACUGCAACAAUCCAAAAUGCAAUAAAGAGGACAUCUGGUACAGCCAGCCCCAGAUGCCAGGUCUGAAAAUACCAGCAGGCAACUUUCUCCUAUCACUGUCAAUUCUCCUUGCUGGAGGUUCUGCAACCAAGGUUUUCAAGAUGUUUUUGCACAUGGGUCUUGGUUGUGUCUCCCUCAACACUUACUUUAAGUAUCAAAGGGUAAGUUCAAAAUACACCCAGACUAUAGGUCUUCAUGCAGCAUAAGUUUAAGCAUGUUAUGCCACUAAAUGUCCUUUUUUAAUCUUUCAAAGGUUCUGAAAAAUGCAAUAUAACUACUUGAUAUGGUGUAGCUAAAGGGGUAAACUGGGUUUUUCUUUUUUUAUAAGGGGCACAGUACUACAUAUUACAAAAGAGUACAAGAAUUCAAUACGUAUGGGUUAUUGACCAAGUGUGAGGUCAAGAUGGCUGGAUAUUGGCCAAGUGAGUGUAAUCAUUUGUAGCAAUGUACGAAAUAAACCCUACAUGGUUCUUGUAAUUGACAAUUGAAUACCUAAAAGGGCUUUGAGUAAAGACUGUUUAUUUCUUCCACAGGUAGUGUUGUCUAUGAACGGUUAUGUGAGGCGCUUACAAAUAAUGCUCUAGUUAAAGGCAUAAAGCAAGCUUCCCCUCUUGCUAAAACAAGUUGCCUGGAGGGCUUUCAUUCAGCUUUAAACCAUUUUGCACCCAAAAUGAUAGCUUUUUCUUAUGCUGGCAUGUACUGCAGACAUGUGUUGGCUGCAGUACAUUUCAACUUCAAUCUCCAAAGGGAUGUAAAGCAUCGAGAGGCAGAUGGGGUGGAAAGAGUGAAAGUCUCGUGUCCAAAGUUUAAAAAUGGGGAGGCGACUGUUCGAAAUGUGAAAGUUACACAGAACUUUGAUUAUGUGGAAGAAAUAUUUAAAACAUUUCUGGAUGCAAGCAAGGAGGAGCUGGUAAAUGCUGCAGCUAAGUUCAGUGAAAAGACCCCUGAACCAAUGAACACCAUGCUGGAGAAGCAGUCACGAGAUGAAGCUUUGAAAAGGAAAGAGCAAAGAAGUCAAAUGGUGGUAAAAGAUGUCCCUCUAACCACACCAGGUACCAGAAAGAAAUGCCCGGCAGAACAAAGAAAAGAGGACCCGCACAUGUCGAGAGUGCGAGAAGCCAUUGAAAGGCCAUAUAAAUGUUUUAGAUUAGUCCAAGAAAUAAAAAGUGACAGUACUGAAUGA